AUGUGGUGGCCAUUCCCCUUUCUGGCUUUCGCCGACGGCAAAUGCCCCGUCGAUCACAAAAACAUGUCCAACGAACAACUCGACGGCAUGAUGGCCCAGUACAAGCGCGUCGGCCACGACAAGUUUCUCGCGGGACUCGCAGAGUCGGAAAAGUCACAGCAACCAUCCGCCAAACCAUCGCCUGCUUCACCGUCACCGCCAGAAAACCCCGAUGCAUGUCCAGUAGACCACAAAAACAUGACCCCCGACCAAAUCGCAGCCUACAUGUCCUCCCGAAAGAAAGACACACAAUCCGCACCCGACGCCACGCCUCCGCAGCCACCCGAUGCCCCCGUGUACGACGUCUACGGCCAAGAGCUGGACCGCGCCAACCUCAUGCCGACCACGCCCAACCAGCUCCCAUCGCCCGGUCAGAAGCAGCCGUUGUCCACGGAUCGCGUCAAGUCCACCAUUCCCAAGGCCGGCGAAGACGCCGACCAGACCUGGACUUACCCCUCGCCGCAGAUGUUUUUCAACGCUCUCAAGCGCAAGGGGAAGGCCGACGGCAUCCAGGAGGCCGACAUGGACACCGUCGUCCAUGUCCACAACAAUAUGAACGAGCGCACGUGGAUGGAGGUCAUGCAAUGGGAAACCCGCUUCCAUUGCCACGAAUGUGACAAUCCAAAGCUCAAGAGAUUUCAGGGAAAGCCGCACGAGCUGUCGCCGGCCGCCAGGUUUCGCGUCUGGUUCAGGAAUUAUCCCAUGCCGUUUGAUCGACAUGACUGGGUCUUGGACCGCUGCGGCAAGACGGAAGCUCGUUAUAUCAUUGACUACUACUACAGGGAGGGCCCAGACCCGAUCGAAAUCCAUGUCCGACCGGCCCUCGAUUCCGUCUCUGCCGCGUUUGACCGCUUACGCAGCCGUGCAGAGACGGUCCGCGACGCAAUUCUAGGUGAUUCCGCAAAGGAAACCUCCGCAACCGCACCAGAGCUUGCUCCUAACUGGAGCGCGGGGCGUGUAGUGUCGGGAGAUUCGUUAGAAGAGGGCGAAUUUUCGUUUCUGAGCAACACCACUGCGGACUCGCUUCGCGAAAUAUCUAGUGAGGUGCAAACGCGCUGCGCAAAAGUGGGCGAGGCCUUGCGGGAAGCGGGCGAUGACCCGGCCAAGAUGGAGAAGGCCAACGUGGCCGUCAACUACUGCAUGGCGCAGACAAUUUGUAAGGCACAGGCCGCAGAGUUCAUGGGUGCUCUGGAGAGUCGCGGCGACGAGGCUGGGGCGUACGCGAACAUGACGUCGUGCUUGGACCGAUUUCAUAUCAUGGCAAGGCGCGCGCUGCUUGAAGCUUCGGGAAUUGCCACAAGUGGGCCGGAGUAUCCAGCCGGUGUCACGCCAUCUGUCGGGGGGAAUGCGACGCAUGCGCCAGCAUCGAGCGUGGAGAAGCGGUAG